ACAUUGUUCUCAAUCUCGUCUAGGGUUUUCGAAAUCGAGGAAAAGAUCAAAGCUUCGAUAGCCCACGAUGAUGGCCGCCGCCACUACCCCAGUGAAAACCCCACGCCAUUCAAGAUCCCAAUCCUCGGAAACCUUCAAGAAUUCUGAGAAUUCUGACCCUAAUCUUCCAGCCAAGUCUCCGGUGACGAAGUCCGAGAAGAAAGGAAAGAAUGCGGCGGUGAAGACACCUCGCCGGAACCCACCGUCGCCCCCUAAGGAGCGCAAGUUCAUCGUCGCCAAGAAGAAGAAUCGGUACUCAAAGAAGUGCCGUGAGGCUGCGUACGAGGCCCUCAGAGCUUCCCAGGAUGAUUUCUUCAAGAAAGAUCCUGUGAGGCAUGAGCUUGAUGAUGAAUUGAAGGAGAUUAGGGCUGGAGAGGAGUUCAUUAAGAAAGAGCCUGAAAGGAGUGAGCUUGAUCAGUUGGAUGGUUCAUCAGAGAGUAAAGAUUUGGAGGGGAGUUCAAAGGUGAGGAAGAUGAGGAGUUUGAUGAUGGAGCAGGCGAUGGUUUGUAUCCCGGAUUCAGGGUCUGGGAGGGUGAAGCAUUUGGUGAAGGCUUUUGAGAAUAUGCUUUCGAUCUCGAAGGACAGGGAGGGUGAGAAGGAUGAGGAGAGCCAAAAAAAGGUGAUGAAUUGGCCGUUGCCGGGGUUGCAGCCAUUGAUGAAGAAUACUGGCAAUGAGGAGCCAUCGGUUUCUGUUUUCUCUUCGGCAGAGUUCUUGCCGACCAGAGACUUUGCAAGGGAUUCCAGAUUAUGCUCUUCAUUGGAUAGCAAUGAUGAAAGAUUGAGCUUGGGGAGCAGGACUUCGGGUGGAAGCAGGCGAAGUAGACGCAAUAGCACUGAUUCAACAGGAAGGAACUGGAGUAAGAAGCUGAAGGUUACCAGCCAGCAUCCAUUCAAGUUGAGGACUGAGCAAAGAGGGAGACUCAAAGAAGAACAUUUCUUAAAGAAAGUGAAGGAGAUGAUUAUGGAGGAAGAGAAAAAGCGCAUACCUAUUGCACAAGGCUUGCCAUGGACAACAGAUGAACCUGAGUGCUUGGUGAAGCCUCCAGUAAAGGAUUUAACAGAGCCCAUUGAUGUCGUUCUUCACAGCGAUGUUCGUGCAGUAGAGCGUGCAGAAUUCGAUCAUUAUGUAGCAGAGCGUCUAAAUUUUGCUGAACAGCUAAAGUCGGAAAGAGAGAAACAACAAAAGUUAUCAGAAGAAGAGGAAGUAAAGAGAUUGAGGAAAGAGCUUGUACCAAGAGCACAACCAAUGCCUUUCUUUGAUAGACCAUUUGUCCCAAAAAAAUCGUCAAGGCCUAGGACAAUACCGAAGGAGCCAAGGUUUCAUGUCCGACCGGCAUUGAAGACAUGUGUCAGUAUGAUGGGAAGGUGACCAAAAGUGCAUCAACACACACUGCUGGUAGACUAAUGGUGGGCAAUUACAAUCCAUUAGUCUUAUUUCUUUUGAUUCUGAUAUUGUAUUCUUUUGUUAUUCUGCCAAGGCAAGACUAUAAAUUCUUUCUUGUUCAUA